UAUUCUCUACGCGCAACCGGAAGAAGAAGCCCUAAAUCUAAUCCUUUCUCUGAAGCCAAAUUCCAGUCCGUCAUCUCUGUCGAAGAAUUCACGAAAACUUCGGCUAUCAAUUCAAUCCUGCAUAUCCCAAUUUGGACUAGGCAAAGUGAUCUCAUGGACUUCGACGAGUAUGAUUACUUGGAGAAGACAGUCGACGAGGCUGACAACCGGAACGGCUCUUCUUCCAAGGCCAAGGACGGCGGCGCCGAACAGAGCGAGAAGGGUUACAGACGGAGGGACAGAGAGGAAGGCGACGAGGAAGAUGACCGAAUCGUAGAAGAAGAUCGGAAGAGUAAGAAAAGCAAAGGAGAGGAAGAGAACGGGAGUAGGAGAGACAGAGAGCGUGACCGUGAGGAGAGGUCUUCCAGGUCAGAGCGUCACAGGAGUAGCGGUAGAGAUUCGGAGAGAGAUGUGGAUAGAGAAAGAGAUCGGCGCAGAAGCAGUAGAGAUGGAGAGAGAGACCGAGAUAGAGAGAGGAGUUCGAGGGAUAGGGAGAAGGAUAAAGAGAGAGAUAGAGAAAGGAGUUCGAGGGACAAAGAUAAGGAUAGAGAGAAGGAGAAGAAGGAUAGAGAAAGGGACAGAGAGAAGAGGGAGAGAGAAAGGGAGAAGGAAAGAGAAAGGUCCAGAAGGAGCCGCAGUCACUCCAGGCUUGAGCGAGAGCGUGAGAAGGAAUUGCUAAGAGAAAAAGAAAGAGAACUGGAAUCAAGGGAAAGCAGGAGAUUGAAAGAUAAAAAAGAAGCAGAGCCUGAAGCUGAUCCAGAAAGAGACCAAAGGACUGUUUUUGCUUACCAGAUGCCACUGAAGGCAACUGAAUAUGAUGUUUAUGAGUUCUUUUCAAAAGCAGGAAAGGUUAGAGAUGUGAGACUGAUCAUGGAUAGAAAUUCAAGAAGAUCAAAAGGAGUUGGGUAUAUUGAGUUUUAUGAUGCAAUGUCUGUGCCAAUGGCAAUUGCCCUUUCGGGUCAUUUGCUUCUUGGUCAACCUGUCAUGGUCAAACCUUCAGAAGCCGAGAAGAAUCUUGUCCAAUCUAAUGCUACAGCUGGCGGGACAGGUGGCAUUGCGGGUCCCUACGGAGCAGUUGACCGGAAACUUUAUGUUGGAAAUUUACACUUCAACAUGACUGAACUUCAACUCAAACAGAUUUUUGAAGCUUUUGGACCCGUGGAGCUCGUCCAACUCCCCACGGAUCCUGAAACAGGUCAUUGUAAAGGUUUCGGCUUUAUUCAGUUUGCUCAACUUGAGCAUUCGAAGGCUGCACAAAGCUUAAAUGGGAAGCUUGAGAUAGCUGGGAGGACAAUUAAGGUAUCUUCGGUUACUGAUCAUGUUGUUGCACAAGAUUCAGGAGCAAAAGCUGCAGACUUUGAUGAUGAUGAUGGUGGAGGUUUGGCUCUAAAUGCGCAAUCAAGGGCAAUGCUUAUGGCAAAGCUUGAUAGAAGUGGUAUUGCAUCAAGUGUUGUUCCUGGGGCUCUUGGAGUAGGGGCAAAUCUGGUGAAUGGGUCUGGCCCAAUUCAAGCGAUUAAUGGGCCAUCUACAACAGUCCCUGUUCCAGCUUUAGCCCAAAUUGUUUCAGAGCCUGUUGGAAACCCUAGCGAGUGUUUGCUUUUAAAAAACAUGUUUGAUCCAUCCACCGAGGUUGAGCCGGACUUUGAUUUGGAUAUAAAAGAUGAUGUGGAAGACGAGUGUUGUAAUUAUGGAAGAGUGAAGCAUAUCCAUGUUGAUAAGCACAGUGCUGGUUAUGUGUAUGUGCGAUUUGAAAGUGUGGAGGCGGCUUCACGAGCUCAACAGGCAAUGCAUAAAAGAUGGUUUGCACGCAGAUUGAUUUCAGCAAUAUUUUUGCAACCAUACGAGUAUGAUGCAAAGUUCAAAAGUGCAGCUUGAUGAUGUCACACAACCAAGAUAAAUUUGGGUUUGAAUUUGUUGUCAGGUUUCUUAAUUUUAGUUUUUUUUUGUUAGAGACAUUUCCAUUUUGCAUGUAUAAUGAUAUUAUGAAAUUGGUUUUUAUGGGAUCAUAUCUGAUAAGUAAUGUUCACGAAGUCUGAAUUGUUUAA